ACCAACAUCUACCUGGUCCUAAUUAAGUCAUCUUACAAACUCAUACCGCAUCACCUCAUCUCGCUGCUCUCGAUCUCUCUACAUUACUGAUUAUACAAGCACGAGCUUUCGAAUUAAUAAUCGUUUGAUUGUAUCGAUGGACAGAAUCGGCAAGAUGGUGUCCGAGAAGCCGCUGGUGAUCUUCGGCAGGACCACUUGCGCAAUGUGCCACAGCAUUAGGUCUCUCUUUGUUGACUUCGGAGUCAACCCUACUGUCUAUGAGCUAGAUGAAAUCCCAAGAGGCCGAGAGAUCGAGCAAGCCCUUUUGAGGAGUGGGUGUAACCCGACCGUGCCGGCUGUGUUCAUCGGUGGCGAGCUGGUUGGUGGAGCUAACGAGGUCAUGAAUCUUCAUCUCAGUAGAUCCUUAAAGCCAAUGCUCAAAAGGGCAGGAGCUUUAUGGGUUUGAUGUGUUACCAAGUACAUAAUACAAUAUAUAUAGUUUUCAUAUAUAUAUAUAUGUCCGGCACUAAUAUAAGAAUAAUGCAUUUUUGUUGCAAAAGGUCGAUCGA